AUUUCGCGUAAUUACAGAAUUUACUCAAGACAGCCAAAACACUGUUACUAUUAUUCAGUUUUCAUGGUUUCGGGGUUUGGUUUUUGCCUAAUUACGAAUAGCGAAGCUGGUUUAGGGUUUGAUUCAGCCUCACUUACAAAAUUUGAACCUUCGAUCUGAGAACCUUUGGUGUGUAUUUAUCUUGCAAUAGAGAGUUCCUACUUCACUGCUUUUCUCAACUCUUUCUCAGCAUGAAAAACCCUCGUAUCACCACAAAAAUCUCCCCAGACCACCACCAUCCAAACACACCAGCACCUCAAUGGACUGAUCUUCCAAAAGACUUCCUUUUCCGUAUCAUCCCAUUUCUCGACUCCAAGACAGACCUUAACCGUAUUCGAGCGGUCUGUCCUUCCUGGAGAGCGGCUCUCCCUCUCGCUGAACUCCCUGUGCAUAAGCCUUAUAUUCAGGUUCCUAGCCUCGGGGAUGGUAACAAUCACCCCCUCUUCCUCCUUGAAACCACAUUCUACUAUCUCUCUCCUCUGUCUUCACCUUCAUCUUCAUCUGGUUGUGGUGGUGGUGGGUGGGUUGCAAGGAUGGGUGAAAUUGGAACAAAGAAAUGGAAACUUCUUAACCCCCUCAGCUACUCUCAAGAACACGAACACCACUACUUUUAUACGGAACCAACCGUGACCGGGGAAAUCAAUCUUUUAGACAUUCGGGUUUUCGAACUUUCUCGGCCCAUGUCUCUGGUUCAUAAACUGGAUUACAGUGCCGAACCCAUAUCCAUGAAAGUUGUCGGCGGCUGGGACUUCACAUCAACCUACCCCUUUGUUGUGUUAGUCCUGCUUGAGCCACAAUUUGAGCAGAAGAUUAGGAAUGAGCAGCACGGUGGUUUGAUCUUGUGGAGAUUAGGGGAACAAGAAUGGCUUAGAAUUGAAGGCUCUCAAGAAAUUAAUACUGGUACUAUCCGCCAUAUAAUUGAUAUAGGUUUUCACAAGGGAAAGUUUUAUGUGUUUGAGGCUGGAUCUGCUGAUGGCGCCGAGCUUUGGCGAGUUAGGGUGAUCAAUCCAAGGAACUCAUUAAUAUCAGAGGAGUUCAUUAGCGGCCCUGACAUUUGGGCACCAAACAACAUAUUGUUGCCUGGAGUCAGUCGUGGUUUUCCGCUUUGGAGCUUAGACAUGGUACCAUCUAAAUCCAAGGGUUGCUUGUAUUUAGUUAUUGUGGGGCUUGCAGAUAAGGAUGACAGGGAUAAGGAUGGUAACCUUAUUAAGAAGAUGUGCGUUUUGUUGAUGAAGGAACAAGAGGAGAGUAGUCAGUGGGAGCUUGUGGAAAAUUUAGGAGAUGAGAUCUUAUUCGUUGGAUAUAAUGUGUCGUUUUCUCUCCCCUCGUCAGCUGGGAAUCUACCUCAAUGGAAACCCAACUCGAUUUGCACUUUUACGACUAGAGUAAGCCUUAAUGGUUACGAAGUGUAUAGAAGUGAGGGCCGUGGUCCGCAGAUGCCAAAGGGGACUGAGUGUCUUCAGUUUCUAAACUAUCCAUCGUAUAAUAGAUUCUUUAGCUUGUUCGACAUGGAAGAAAGAGAUAAAGGUGGUGUGUUCUUUCAUCAUAUGUCAGAGGAGGAUCAAGAGCUGUAUACUGGACUGUUCUUUCCACCACCGGAUUGGGUUAAAUGGCGCUGCCCUAGUCUUAACAAUAUUGAAGUCAAGCUACAUGGGCUGCGAUUUCGUGAUCGCAAUCAUGAUCAUUAUAAUUAUGAUGAUGAUGAUGAUGAUGAGGAGGAGGAGGAGGAUUGACAAGGUACUGACAUUUUCUAGAGCUUUUGUUGAAUUAAUCAGUCUUCUUUUUCCUUUUUUGUGAGAUAAAAUGAGAAGUUGGGAUGCAGUACCUGCCUGAAUGAUGAAGUUAUAGGAACUAACUGGAGGACAUUUAUGUAGUUUUGCUAAGGGAUCAUGUAACCAAUGUUUUGUACAAAAGUUAUGUUUAUUUUAGUGCUUCCUGUGUAAUUUGGUUUACAUGGACUUGACCAGUUGACUGAUUAAUAUAAAUCUAUCUAAUCUAUGUAAUCAACUCUUAAGGCUAAUGUUGCUUCUUUUUCUUUGGCUCA